AAGCAUUUCAUUCCAAAUUACAUUUAUAUCAAGCUGAAGUAUAUUUCACAAAAAGUUGUGUAAUCCAAUAAACACAAGGCUAUCAUUGUCAUAGAUAGCAUGAAAUCCAAUUAUUUGUUACAUGAUGAAGACGAGCGAAAAGAGGUAAACAAGUGAUCGAAUAGGUCUAGACUUGCUCAAUGUUCAAUAUGAAAUACAGAAUCUAUAAAAAGUAACUCCAUCUUUUCAGUCAAAAUGGAUAAGAUUGGUAGUUGAUUAAAAACAAAAGCAUGUCAAUCCUACGAACUGCAUGUAAACAGUGUAGAUACAUAAAAUGAAUUCCUUUCAUUCAUUGGCUAUGAGUUGACUUGAUGUAAAUACAUCGCCUCAAAUUAUGCAGAUUGAUAGGCGAAUAUAGAUUGUCAACAUGUAUAUAUUCUCAAUCAUCGAUGCAUUUGCUUCAGUUUAUUUGAGCUCUGUUGAAAUCUUGAUGCUUUGGCUAUUCUACGUUUUCGGUAUUGUUAUUUGCCUUACUACACCGACACAUGUAUACAGUAAUAGUAUUAAUCGUACAGUAAUAGGACAAUCUCCAUUUCCUUUACAAUAUCAAAUUCCUCCAGAAGAAUUUUUUGAAGAUAUACCACGCGAAUUAAGAAAUGACUUUGAAAGAUGCUUGCAGGAAGCAGUCAGAAAGGCACACGGUGAGAAGUCAAAGAACUCUGCCAAUCAGUACCGCAGAAACAUUCUUUUAUUGAGUGUUUGUACCAUUUUCACUACAAUAGCUAUGUUCACAUGCAUAUAGAAUUUUUCAUAAAAAGUUAGUUUUUAAUAUUUUACUAAUUCUCUUUUAAUUAUGGUUAACUUGUAAAUUUAUUGCUGACAUAAACUAUACACAUAUAUGAU